AUGAAGUACAAAUUGGGGACACUAUUGCCACCAAGUGAUGCAAUACCCAUAAGGCAAAGUCGGGGGGAUUGUGCCUCAUCCUGGGCAAUUAGUACAACUGAUGUUACCUCGGAUCGGCUUAAAAUGAAAAUGACUAGUGAAAUCAAGGUCGAUUUCUCCCCACAACAACUUAUCUCUUGCAUUGGGGACAAGCAACCUGGAUGUACAGGGGGACACUUGGAUAGCGCAUGGGAGUACAUGAGAUUACAAGGAGUUGCAGAUGACGAAUGCUACCCUUAUACCAGUGGCUUAUACAGCUCUAAGAAAACAUGCCAAGUAGAAAGAUCAUCAGCAAGAUCUAAGAAUGGUGUAUGUUCCAAGAAAAACAAAAUCUACAAAAUGGAUAAACCAUACAGAAUGCCUAACAAUGAAAAGGAAAUAAUGGAGGAGAUCCUCACCAAUGGUCCUGUCCAAGCCACCUUUGUUGUGCACGAAGACUUCUUUAUGUACAAAAGCGGUAUAUAUAGCCAUUCUGUUGCACCAGAUGAUAUCGGGUUAAGUGGCUACCACUCUGCCAGAAUAGUGGGAUGGGGCUCUGAAUGCAGUUCUCAAGAAGAGACAAAAUAUUGGAUUGUUGCCAACUCCUGGGGAAAACAAUGGGGAGAACAGGGAUAUUUUCGAAUCCAGAAGGGCGUGAAUGAAUGUGAAAUUGAGUCAUACGUGGUUGGUGUAACAGUCAGACCAAGUGUUGUCAAGAGCCAACUCCAAUCUGGUCCUAUAUUAGAUCUAACAGUGACCAGCCUGGGGAAUAUAGUUGCAAAAGGUCGGUCUACAACAAAGAUCUACGACAGCAGUACAUUCCAGAUGGUCAAAGAAAUAAACAAGGUCUUCGAUCGUGUUACAAAAACCACAGAUGGCCAGCUGGCAUUUACAACCCUCCCCUUCAGCAACAAGAUCCACAUAUAUAGUGAGGAUGGGUCGCCCAUUCGUACCAUCACCUGUGCAGCACCUGUAAGUGGGAUACUUGCUAUAGCCUCACUGCCAGCAGGUUGGUUCAUAGUGACUGAUUGGAUCAAAGGAGUAUAUAUGGUGGAUUCAGCAAAUGGGAACUCCACACUGAUCUCUCCAUCUGGUAUGUUCAGAGGCCCUUUUAAUGUGGCAGUUGGCAUAAACAGUGAGAUCAUAGUAAGUGACUGGGAUGCUCAUUUCAUCAAAGUGAUCAACAGAGACGGCCAUGAAAUCCUCCAUUAUGGAGAGAAAGGCUCAGGAGAGGGACAACUGAAUAAGCCCUAUGGUGUCUGCACAGAUAGCAAUGGAUUUAUUAUUGUAGCAGACGCUUCCAACAACAGGGUACAACUCCUCACACCCAAUGCAACAUAUCAGACAGAUAAACGCUUUUAA